ACGAAAGCAUUGAACAACCAACAAUCUGCAAUAAUGCCGAGAUAAUUUGGCUAUCGUAUUUCGUAGCACAUUCAUUCAAUUGCGAUUGGCGAAACGUCGUCUCCUUAGCCUCGGGUAUGUUGGGAAAAUAAUAAAAUGUCCACCGUGUCACAACAGUCUGCUAUAGGGACUAAAGUUCCUCGUUCCUGACAGAGAGGGGGCGGGGCAUAAAGCUCCAGACAAAUGCCCCACAAUGCAGUUCACCUGACCAGGGGUUGGAGGUCAACCCAGGGGUGAGAUGAGGCGACCUAGGAGCUCCCUCCUGCUGCGUGGAGCAUCGCACGACCGCCCCUGAACUCUCACCUCUGACUUACUGCACACAUCCACCUUACCCACAACACCCCUCGCCCCUUGUCAGACUGUGCCCACCAUGACCACCUCACCCAGGAAACACCUGGUGAAGGACUUUAACCACUUCAUCACCUGCUACGUGUGUAAAGGCUAUCUGAUCAAACCCACGACUGUCACCGAGUGUCUGCACACCUUCUGUAAGAGCUGCAUCGUCCAGCACUUUGAAGACAGCAAUGACUGCCCCAAGUGUGGCAUCCAGGUCCACGAGACAAAUCCUCUGGAGAUGUUGAGGUUGGACAACACUUUAGAGGAGAUCAUAUUUAAACUGGUGCCUGGCCUCAGAGAAAGGGAGGAACAACAGGAAAUAGACUUCUGGAGGCUGAACAAGUCGAAAGAGAAUGGAGAAGACAAUGGCCCUAGGUCGAAGCGGGCCAGGCUGGGUGAUGAAGAUGAGGAUGAUGAUGGUGGUGGAGAUGGGGACUACCACCGGAGCGACCCUCAGAUAGCUAUCUGUCUGGACUGUCUCCGGAACAACGCAAUGGUGGGCGAGAGCAUCGUCAAGGGCUUGAUGAAGAGAUUCAUACGCUGUUCGUCAAGAGUUACCGUGGGAACCAUCAAGAAGUUCCUCAGCCUCAAGUUAAAGCUUCCAAGUUCUUAUGAGCUAGAUGUCCUAUGCAAUGGGGAGAUCAUGGGGAAGGACCACACCAUGGAGUUCAUCUACAUGACCCGCUGGAGACUCCGUGGAGAAAAUGCCUACCCCAUGGUGUUGGAGUAUCGUCCACGGAUAGACUUUGGCUGACGAGGAGGGGAGGGGAGAGAAGCCUGCACUUACUCACAGCCCUUUGAUACACAUACAGAUCUUCAAAUCUGAGACAGACCUGUCUGAUUGAUUGACUGAUUGACUAGUGAAUGGAUGUACUGAGUUUCUUAAACAUGGAUGCCAUCUCCUCAUCUGCAUGCAGUACUACGGCUAUACCUCUGAUUCAGCUCUUAUUUGGUGGCAUUAGUAUUCGUAUUACUUUUCUAUGAUCGUCUGUGAGGACCAUAAGGACCUGCCAACCUACCUGCUUGAUACAUGAUUUUACCAUGUAUCAGUACAAUGCCGUUGAAUCAGACAUACUGAAUAAUUGACUGAAGCCAACAGUGCAGUGACUCUAAGCAACAUGCAGUAUGGAAAAUGUAGUUUGCAGUAAGUCUUGUAGGCCAGUUAUGCAAAAGAACAGAGGUGUAAGGACAGAGAUACACUGGCAGAUAGAACUCUUGUAUAUUAGACCCCUCUAUAUGCUGGAUUGAGUGUCUUAUUCCUCUCCUCCCUUGCCCCACCUCUGGUUUGUCAUCCUCAACUUGUAGUGCCUUUCCCUCAUGGUUUGUGAGUCGAAUCUCAUCCUAUAGAAAGCCUGGAAGGCAUAAGGGGUUAAUAUCAGUCAUACCUGUCAUUGGUUUUUACACAGGAAACAUAUAAAGAAGUGUCAGAUAAUUGAUCAAGUUCAGUGAGUCUCUGUGAAUGUCAUGAGCCACAUGGGCGAUUUAUCGGACACUUCUUUCUUUUAAAUGUUCCUUGGUUCUACUGUCGGCCUCAUUGGUUGUAGCUUCGCCAUGACCAGGCUGGGUCUGCUCUUUUACAUGUCAAAUACUAUGGAAAACAGUAAGAAGUCCAUUUACAAAAAGUAGAUACGUGUCACCAAGGACUGCUUUUCACCUGUUGCCAAUUCCAGGUCUCAGAGGUCAGUGUCAGCCAUGCUAAACCAUGUAUAAUGCAUAUCUAUGGGUUGUUAUGGAGUUAUAUUUACCCCCUUUUUCAUACCGUAUGGAUGUUGUCCUCAUAUAGACUGUAUAAUGCAAUAUGAGUAGCCUAUGAGACAAGGGUUACUGGAGAAACCAGACUUCUGCCUACAGUCUGACUGGCCUAGCUGUUGGUUUGUGCACUGUUGAAACGUUACGGGCAUUAUUUUAGACUUGUACAUUGUAAAGAGAUGUGUAAAGACUGGUUUCAAACUCCAGCAUCCUUUUAAGAAUUGAUUUUAUUUAUUGCCUUUGCCCUUUGAUUUUGUCUGUGCUUCACUGGGUCCUGCUUAUCCGCUUGCCAAUUAGGGUUCAAACGCUUUACCUGCUCCAUACCUCCUUGUAUGUGAAGGCCUGGUCAUAUAGGCAGGAAAUUACAUGUUUGACAUGUAAGUCUAGCCACGCCUUGACUCUGUCUUCUCACUCUCCAAACAACACCAAAAAAUCUGAACAGAGACAGAUGGACAUGCGUGACAGAAAUGGGAUCAUAACAAGAUUGGAUCAUCUCUAAAAUUCUCGUUUGUAUUUCCUUUGCAGUCCCUGUGUUUGAACACCCCUGCACUAUUACUGAAACUGAUGUAGAAUCAAGCUAAACGGUGUGCUGUAGAAUAAUUCCGACUCAGCAUGUAUAACAUGUACAAACAUUUAGAAGAUGUUCUGAACAUGUAACAAAUGUGGAUAUUAAUUGACAGAAAUGUUCUUUGCAUUCUAUUCUGUACACCCAAUGAAGACACAAGUCUUUUAAUUGGAGUGUAGGUCCUCAUACCUCCAGUCUAACUAAAGCAUCGUAUUGUGCUAACACUUUUUAUGUAAACGCUUUCUGCUGUCUGUACUCCUUGGUCAUUUUAUGAAAUGUUUUGUAGUAAGUAACGUUGUUGUGAUGUUACAGUCAUGCUGUAACAUUGUAGGUAACAUUGUAUUGAUGUUAUAACCAUAAUGCAACACAAAAACACUGUCAUGCAACUACAGUAAUAACAUGACAGUGUAGGUAAUGUUGUCCUUCUACAAAUAUUUCCACAACUUUUCUGAUUAGUCCAAAUGUCCAGGGGUCAUAAACAGUAUGCGAAAAGGAACUUUGCUCUACAGUAUAAAGACUAUUCUGUAGGAAUGUAAAAUAAUGUCACUUGAUCAUUUUAGACUGGAUAGUUCCAUGUAUGUUCAUGUGUUGCAGUGGACUAUAUAUGUAUUUUUGUAAUGAAAAUAAUCCCUUGUAGAUAUUUUAUCUUUAAAAAUGAAAUUGUAUGGUGUAUAUUUAACUAAUGCUGCUUACAAUGAUCUAUUCUAUUUUUCAAUGUCAACGUGCCUGAUCACCUACCUAGACACAGUAGAAGUGUGUAAGCAAGAGCUGUUCUAAAUGUGAUACAUGAUACAAUAUUAAUACAGAUGUUGUUGAGUUAA